AUGUCGCUUUGGAUCUACUUGGGAUGUGGGAACCGAGGAGAAAAGAGAAAAAUGAACGACCUUCAUCCCCUGGAGGAGACCAAGAGACCCAGAGUUGUAGGGGAUAUUCCCAUUGAGUUGAUCAAUGAAGUCAUGUCUACCAUUACAGACCCUGCCGCAAUGCUGGGACCAGAGACCAACUUUCUAUCAGCACAUUCAGCCCGGGAUGAAGCCGCCAGGCUGGAAGAGCGCCGGGGUGUGAUAGAAUUCCAUGUGGUUGGCAACUCUCUGAAUCAGAAGCCUAACAAAAAGAUCAUGAUGUGGCUGGUUGGCUUACAGAAUGUCUUCUCUCAUCAGCUCCCUAGAAUGCCCAAAGAGUAUAUCACACGCCUCGUCUUUGACCCUAAGCACAAGACCCUCGCUCUGAUUAAAGAUGGCCGUGUGAUCGGUGGGAUCUGUUUCCGAAUGUUCCCAUCGCAAGGAUUCACAGAGAUUGUCUUCUGUGCCGUAACUUCCAAUGAGCAAGUCAAGGGCUAUGGAACUCACCUCAUGAAUCACCUGAAAGAAUACCAUAUAAAACAUAGCAUCCUGAACUUUCUUACGUAUGCUGACGAAUAUGCAAUUGGAUACUUCAAGAAACAAGGUUUCUCCAAAGAUAUCAAAGUACCCAAAACCAAAUACGUUGGCUACAUCAAGGACUAUGAAGGAGCCACACUGAUGGGCUGUGAAUUAAACCCCCGGAUCCCAUACACAGAAUUUUCUGUCAUCAUCAAAAAACAGAAAGAGAUAAUUAAGAAGCUGAUAGAAAGGAAGCAAGCCCAGAUUCGAAAGGUCUACCCUGGACUUUCGUGUUUUAAAGACGGAGUACGCCAGAUUCCAAUAGAAAGCAUUCCUGGCAUUAGAGAGACAGGCUGGAAACCAAGUGGAAAAGAAAGAGGCAAAGAGCCCAAAGAUCCUGAUCAGCUUUACAGCACAUUAAAGAACAUCCUGCAGCAGGUGAAGAGCCAUCAAAGCGCUUGGCCCUUCAUGGAACCCGUGAAGAGAACGGAAGCUCCCGGAUAUUAUGAAGUUAUAAGGUUCCCUAUGGAUUUGAAAACCAUGAGUGAAUGACUCAAGAAUAGGUACUACGUAUCUAAGAAAUUAUUCAUGGCAGACUUACAGCGGGUAUUUACCAAUUGCAAAGAGUACAACCCCCCUGAGAGCGAAUACUACAAAUGUGCCAAUAUCCUGGAGAAAUUCUUCUUCACCAAAAUUAAGGAAGCUGGAUUAAUUGACAAGUGAAAACUUUUUUUUCCCUUCUCCCUUGUAGCAGUUAAUGUCACCAGGCCUGAUGAAUGGAGUUCAAUUUCAAAGAACCGGGACAAUGUAUUGAAGAUACUUAUACAUGUUUUAAACUAGCACUUUUCCAAAAAAACAAAACAACAAAAACAAACUACUCUUAUAGCUUUUCAGAUGUGUAUUUAAAUGGAAGUUACAGAACAUUUUUAUUUUAUGAAAUAGAUUUUACUCUUUACUAUUAAUGUACAUUUUCUACGGUGUGUAAAAUUUAGGAGUAUGUUCAGUGGUAGGUAAUCAGGGAUUUCCUCCAGGCCUACGUGGGAGGAGAUUGCACAUAGUACCAAGUUUUGGGGGCUUUGGAAAAAUUUCCAGACCAUGAAUGUCUUUAGUUUGUUUUCUAAUGGAGUGACAGAGUUUAUUUUUAUUUUGUUCAGGAGAACAUUAAGGAAGGGAAGAGUAAUUAAAAGUCCUUUUUUUAAAAAGGUGAAAUACAUUAUGUUUGAGGUCUCAUUGUAGACCUUUUAUAAAUAUAUAUAUAUAUUUUUAAAAACACUCAUCUAGGUGAGGUGCUGUGAGCAGUUCUGGAGUAUGCAAAUCUGAAGGCAGGCGGCUGAGUCUCUUUGGACAUUCUGUACCGCUAAGACUUUUUCUAAAAAUUUGGAUUUAAAAAAAAAAUACUAUCUACCUAUAUUAACUUGGGACUUCAUGACCACUAUUUUCAUAUUCUUUUUCACCAGAUAGAUGUGUCAUGUCCUAUUCUCACUUUGCUUAUGCAGGACAUAAGUUCCUCAAGUAGCCUCAAGAACUACUUGAGUCACCAAGAGUAGGGGCUCAUUCAUUCAUUCACAUGUUUUGCUGGAGCCUGUCUACUUUUUAAAAAAUAGUCAUAUUCUUGUUCUGUGAAAUUCGUGAAUUAAAAAAAAAAUUAUCCCCAUAGUAUGUUCAAGGACAUCAGCUUAUUGCAAGAUCCCACCAAACAAGUCCUCCAGGUUCUGCAUUUGUCUAUGGGAAAUCUAUUUUCUAUCGAGUUUUACAGUCAGUAUUUUACUACUAUGGUGGUAUCACACCCAGAAGCCUGUCCCAUUCCAACUCUAUUCUACAACUUCGUUAUGUUGUCAUUACAUUUCAGCUCAACACUGGGAUAUGUUUACGGAUUACACUACGGGGAACAGUGGUACAUUUUACCAGUCCAGCUCUGGGAAAACCAUCUCCUACAAAAUACCAAGGAAGACCAAACUUAAUGUCCUUGACACUAAUUUUUUUUUUUUUUGUGAUGCAAUUAUAGAAACUUUAUUUUGUAAAAGGCUGAAUCUUAACCUUUGUUUAUAUUGGGUAGAAAAACCUCAUGAUUACAGCGAUAACAGAGGUAAUCACUGGCUGUGAAUUUGCCAGAAAUAGAGUAUGUGAGGGAAAAUGAGGGUAUGGAUAGGUUGCAGAAUAUCGUUGGGCCAAUCGAUGUCACAUUGGAAUCAUGGUAAUAGGUAUGGAAAAGAGCUACUUGGAAAACUUGCUCACAUUAAAAAAUGCCUCAACUUUUUUUUUUUUUAAACCAACUUGAAUAUAAAUAAACUUAUUAUGGAGUACAGAGAUGCAAUUGUAUGAAGGUCCCUGGUACUGGUUUUAAAUGUUUUGUAAACUGGGCAUUGUAUAACAUCUGUUGAGCUUGGUAACCUGUGAAAGUUGGUUAUUUUCUGGGUAGAUUUUCUUACAUAGUAUUGUCUUUAAAAAAUCAGAUUGUCUCUUCUAUAUUGAAAGCAUAAUUUAUGUUUUCUAAUUUAAAAAUUAAUAUUUUCAUAUAGAUAUUGUGCAAUAAAAGCUGAAGUAGGAUGUGUGGUUUUUGCAAAUGCUUUAACAGCUGAUAAAAUUUUACAUUUGUAAAAAUUAAUAUAUUGUACUGGUACAAAAUAGUUUUAAAUUAUAUUUUAAAAAGUUCUAAAAAAAAAAAAAUAA